AUGGCCUCCAGCCAAAGCUACAAGGUGGUCCUUGUAGGCGAAAGUGGCACCGGGAAGACAUCGCUGGUGAAGCGAUGCGUGGAGCGACAGUUCUCAACUGAUGUGCUGCCAACAGUGGGACUGGAAUUCCAGUGGAAGAAGGUGCUUACCGGAAAUGAUUGGAUCAAGCUGAAGUUCUGGGACCUGUCUGGCGAGGAUCGAUUCCGGAGCCUUAUGCCCGCAUACUUACAAGAUGCCUCAGCCGCCAUCGUUGUGUACGACGUUUCGUCUCGACGGUCCUGGUUCGCGGCCAGGGACUGGGCAAGUUUAGUGCACAACGAGCUGGGGCGAGAAGCAUUUGUUGCGAUGGUCGGCAACAAGGCAGACCUCGAAGGCCGGGAAGUGCCAGCUGACGAAGCCCGUGGGGAGUCAGAAGCCCUGGGCGCGAUGUUCGUGGAGACCAGCGCAAAGACAGGCGAGAAUGUGGAUGCCCUCUUCCAGGAACUGGCCACGCAGCUGCCAAAGUGGUCUCGCAGUGCUCGACUUGCCAAGCCCGUGCCGGCAGUCGAGGAGCCAAGGCCUACGAACGCUCCAAGAAAGCGAUGUUGCCUCUUCCCGCAGUUCUGA